AUGGGCGUUAGGCAGAAGAAAAGGCCAAACUCCAUUGUUGAGAGCUUUGAGCUCCACCAUUGCAUUUGCCGCAGCUCAUUUCCACGACUGAAGUUCCCUCUCACCGUCCCUGGAAAAAAAAAUUCUCCGAAAGUCGGACGGAGAUUAAUUUUUCCGAUUAAUGAUCACAAGUUGCAAUGUAGUUUCUCAUAUCAAAUUGAAUUGACACAAUGUAUCCGUGAAGGAUUGCAACAGAAUGUCGGAGGCAAGAGACCGAUUAUCGAGGAGGUAUUGAGCAGGGGGAAUGUUGUGAGGGUAAAUUCGGUAGCUUUUGUUCUUGAAGAUGAGGGCGAUAGAGGGCAGGCUGACGGAACUCCCUUUCGGUGGAGGGACACGGCAAUGGCGGGCACUCCUGGAGUGGCUUUGGGGAGGGGCAGUGUUGGAAAUCUAAGAAGUGGUCGUGUGUGGUAUUUGGGUCGAUCGUCUGCACGGAUAACGGGGCUAGAAAAUUUUUCGCCUUUGGUGGGCAGUGGCCGUGGCCGAGCUCUUGGAAGUACUGCAAUUGAAAGAAGAAGAGCACAUUGGGAAGAGGGUGAAGGUCUAUCACAAACUGAGAGUCCUUUACUUGAGGAUCGUAUUCGUGAUCCUUCAGCAUCCACAUUAGCUGUUCAACUCGAAAAUGACCUUUCAAUGAUCUCCCCACAUCCCACGAUUGGACUUAAACAUCCUCACCCUACUAUUGGUAAAGUCCCAAAGAUACUGCUCGAUAUUGCCAAUAACCAGGAGGAUGGGGAUUCUUGCAAGACGCCUCAAAAGAAGCUUCUAGAAAACAUCGACACGGUUGAGAAAGUGGUGAUGGAGAAGCUUCGUAAGCUGAAGGGGACCCCAUCUGCUAAGAAAGCUGAGAGGGAAAAACGGGUGAGGACUUUGUUGAGGUGGCUCUUUGGUUGGAUGUUGAAGGCCCCCGAGUAUAUGGCCUGUUUGCUAUGUCGUCAUUGUGUUCCUUUAUGGCCUUCCCACAAUGGCCACAUGGAUAGCAAUAGACCGAAAGCGCGUGCACACAAGCUACGGGACAUGAAACAUGGCCGCAGAAGGGAUGCAGUUAAAGUGAAACGAUUGUUGACAUAUGUCGCAAUGGUAGUGCCACUCCCCACUUGCUACGCCCUCUUCGCAGACCUCACAAAGUAUCAACCCAUCCUUUUCAAGAUAAUGCCAAUGUUGAAGCUCGUGAGGGUCGAAUUUGGGUUGAGAGCCACAGUAGGUACAACGUUGUUGGGUGUAAGUUUUGGAUUAGAGGAUGUGGCUAAAGUUGUGGGAUCGGUGCGUGAUGGAGGUGGGCAUGAGGGCACACACGACGUCCCGGAUGAGAGAAUCGGCACAUUUGAAGAAAUCGAAGGGAUUUUUGCGGUCUAUGAGGGAGAGUGUUUUACGUCUAUUUCGAGGGAAGGUAAGUGUGGCGGGAAGGUGCGCGCAAUAGCUGUGGAGAAAGAAAUCUGUGCAUGGGUUGCUGCCAACUGA